AUGCAAAAUUGGAAAUUAAAAUAUAAAACUAAAGGUGGCAAUUUAAUAGAUGAUUAAUUUUAAAACACAAUUGAUGCAAUUAGAAUGUAAGAUAAUUUAUAAGUUUGCUUAAUGAAAAUACCUAAGAUAAAUGAUUCUUAUCAUUUUUCUAUUAUGGAAUUAAUUCAAAGUUAGAGAUAUGAUAAUUUAGUCAAUGUCUUGGAAAUUUUUGAUGAAAAUGAUUAUGCAAUUGUUGUUUUGGAAUAAUGCAGCAAUAAUUUAUUACAUUAUUUUUAAAUUAACAAUUAUAACUUUACAACUGAAUAGAUAUUUUCAUUUAUUAAAUAGAUAACUAAAGGUUAUUAAUAACUAAUAGAAAUGUGGGUUCUUCAUAGAGAUUUAAAACCAGAAAAUAUUUUUUAUAUCUAAAGAAAUUAGGAUAUUAUAUUCAAAGUAAGAUUGAAAAAAAUAAAAAUAGAUUGGUGGAUAUAAAUUUGCUAAAUUGUUAGAUGAUCGAGAUUAGCCAAUUGAUGAACAUACUUAACUUUAUAGUGGGGAUGGCUAUUGGGCUCCUGAAGCCUGCACAAUUAACUAUAGUUAUAAUGCAGAUAUAUUUUCAGUAAUAAAUAUUCAUUCACAAUUUAGUUUGGAUUAAUAAUACUUCAAAUGGCAACAAAAAUAUAAAUUUAGAAUAUUUAAUAACUAAAAUAAUAAAAUUUAUUGAACAUAUGCAAAUUAGAUAAAAUGGAUGAUAAUUUAAAAUAAUUAUUAUGUCAGAUGAUUGUUUAUGAUCAUACAAAAAGAUUAAAUUGGUCAACUUUGGUAAAAUAACUAUUUUAUACUCCCUAAAUCUAAACAACAAAAACAACAAAUAAAUAAUUUGAAUUAGGAAUCUGUUUAGAAAAUGGGUAACCCUGCUAUAUCAAAAUUAUUUAAAAAUAAAUAAAAGAUUGUUAGUAUUAUUUAGCAAAUGCAAAAGCAGAACUGGAUAAUAAUCGGUUGUUAAAAGGAAUUAAUCACCCUAACAUCGUAAAAAUAUAUGAAAUUUUACAUGAACCUGAAAAUUCUUGUAUUUAUUUAAUAAUGGAACAAUGUUAAGGAAGUUUAAUGGAUCUGUUAUAAAAUAAAAGUUUCUCAUUUGAAGCAAUUCUGGAUUUGAUUGUUUAAAUAAAUACUGGCUAUAAAUAUUUGGAAGAAAAGAACAUUAUUCAUAGAGAUAUUAAACCUGAAAAUAUUUUAUAUUAAUAAACACUUUAAAAUAAAAUUUAAUAUAAGGUAGAUUUAUUUAUUUUAAAAUAGAUUGCUGAUUUUGGAAUUAGUCGUCGAACUGAUAAAGCUUGUACAAAAUGUGGUACAAUAAUAUAUUCUGCCCCAGAAAUUGAUGGAAAUCAUCUUUAUACAAAUAAAUGUGAUAUCUUCUCAGUAAUUCUGAAUAAUUAUUUUUUAGUUAGGUAUCCUUCUAUAUUAUGUUACUACAAAAAAUUAUCCAUUCGAUAUAAAUGAUAAAACAGGAAAGACAAAAUUUUUAUAAUUAUUAAAGGAAAAAUAGUCAAUCUAGUACAUCUAUCCAGAUAAUCUUAUACUAGAUCCAAGAAUUAAAACAAUUCUGAAUAGAAUGAUUAUUUUUGAGCCUGCGCAUAGAAUAUCUUGGGGAGAAUAAAUUACCUAAUUGGUUUAAACUAUCUCACAACCUUAAAUACCUUAACCGACUAUAUAAUUUAGACCGCCUAUAAAAUUUUAACCAUCAUCAUAACCGUCUCCAAUUACCUACAUGCCAUUCCAUUCUCAAUUUAAAUAAUAAAUUCCAAAUAAUAAUAAAAUAAAAUACUAAACUCCUCAACAGCAGGUAACUCAAGCACCUUAGAAACCUUAAGUUAAAUUACAGAGUCAACCUGAUUCUAAGAAUAACUCAUGCUAAGUUUAAUUUAUCACUUUUCCUUUUUUUCCUAAGAAACCAAUAAGCGUUUAAAAUAUAUUCAUUGAUAAGGGAGAAACUUAAAGUUAAAAAUGACCAAAC